UCUUCAUGUCCUCACGAAUUGGUCCUCAGCGUACAACAAAAACAGCGGCUAAGCUGCGGCUACUGCCGACAGCGGAGGAAUUUUACAGCAGCAAUUGGCAGGAAACCGGUACCGACGUCUAUACGCAGCUGCCGCACAUUGAAGGAUCCAGCGCCCGGAGAGAUGCUGAACAGCUUGGUAAACGCCAUCGUGAACGGUUACCGCGUGUAACAGCGUAUUGUACAUGCGAUUCGUAUCGUAUGGACCUGCUCUUUAAGUUCUUUCAAUCUCGUCGGAAUAGUCAUCAUGCCCGACCAAAACAAUUCGACGAAUGUAUCUACUCUCCUUAUUCUUAUGUUACAGAUGACGAACCAACUACUGGCGAUUUAAUAGAGGUUCCAGAGAUGCAUCAUCAAGGAAACGACUCAUCACAAUCAAACGGUGGGUCUGGUGACUCUGAACUGAAUCUCGACAAACGACAACCUCUGUUUCGUGAGGUAUUCUGUUUUAAUUACGGUGUCGUCGUAAUGUGGGGCUACACAAUUGAAGAGGAACACCGGUUUCUUAAGGAACUGGCUCGUUUUGAGGUGGAAAAAUUAAAAAUGGAUGAUGUUGAAUUGGAGGAGUUCAAUUACUAUAUUACAACCCUGUAUCAACCUAGAAUAUUUAACGAUUUUAUUGCGCUCAGAGAAACAUCUACCUAUAUGGUGCGGUUGUCCAUUUCGCACGCAAUUGCUCAAUCGGUAAAGAUAUCUCUUUUUGAAGAAUUGGUGAAUGAAACGAUUGAUGCUAUGAAAGAUAUUCCUCAGUAUAUUGCCGAGUCCGGCAGGGUCAUGCUUCGUCGAGAAGAAAUUAUGAUGGCAGUGGGACAACUAUUCAUCCUCCGAAUCAACAUCAACUUACAAGGUAGUGUGUUGGAUAGCCCAGAGCUGAUGUGGACAGAGCCACAUCUUGAACCAAUUUAUUCUGCUGCACGGUCUUACCUUGAGAUUAAUCAGCGCGUAGCCUUGUUAAAUCAGCGAGUAGAGGUGAUUGGAGACCUCCUGUCUAUGCUGAAAGAGCAGAUUACACACACUCACGACGAAUCACUCGAGUGGAUUCUGGUGCUUCUGUUGACAGUUUUGGUUGUCGUCGCUGUGUUAAGUAUAGCGGUGGACUUUCGUCUCAUGUAGAGCCAAGUUCUCGACAUUGUUUCAGUCUCGUCCCUUACAAGAAAAGAAAUCUGGGGUGCGUUCUAGUGUGCAUUUUACGAUUUAGUGACUAUGAAAGGGGCCCUUUUUUUUUAAAUCUGUUCCUCCGUUUUUACCGUUGUGUGUUGAUGUGCCGAUAAGGGAACAUUCCGACUUUCGAGUUCGUUCAUUAACAACUGCUGCUCCAAACGGAACCGCUGAAUGUUUCGUUUUGCAGUAUAAAUUUUCACGGCAAGCUUCUCACAUUCUUCCUCGACUUCUGCAACUUUUUUACGAAUCCGUGUGGUUUUUCUUCUGUACACAUCAUCUUUUUUUUGUUUUGGUUAGCACAUAGGAAUGCUGAAGACACAAACACAGCUCUCGUGCUUCGUUGUCAUAUUGUGUAUGACAAAUACACACUCUCUCCCUCCGACCUCCGACAUACCUUCACUUUCCGUUGGCAAAGAAAGCAUCUGCCACAAUUGUUAACGUUCUCAUUUCAUUCCAGUUUACAAAAAAAAAGUUAACCAGCACAUACCUGGGGAUCCAUCCUGGCUAAUUUUGUGGAGUCUGUCUUGUUGACU